ACGAACCGCUCACACUGCGGCAAGUCUCCUGUAACCUUUUUAAUUUUCUUCUGGAACUGUAAUAAACCAAUGUCCGCGAUGUUUUGCUCAUGAUAAUAAUGAAUCUAGCCAUACCAAGAAGUGUUUUAGUGGUGUUUGAUCGUCUGGGUUGUUUGUGAGUGUUGUUAAAAUAAACGUUCAAACUGGCGACCGACAGUGAUAGCAAGUCAAACAUGGCUUCUUCGGCGAGAAUUAUCCAAAGUAAUUCCGCCUGGUUUCAGAAGAAAAUCAAUUUGAGGCCGCAACACAGGGGCGUACAUCUGGUCACUGAAGAGAUCCUCAGACAGGUGCCCGAACUGUCGCAGUUCGCCAUGGGCCUCUGUCAUGUACAGAUCUUGCAUACCAGCGCCAGUCUGGCACUCAACGAGAGUUGGGAUCCGGAUGUCAGAGACGACAUGGAGAUGAUGUUGAACAAGAUUGUGCCUGAGGGGCUGCCCUAUAGGCAUUCGUGCGAGGGCCCCGACGACAUGCCGGCCCACGUGAAGGCGUGCUUUUUGGGCUCAUCGUUGACGAUUCCGAUAACCGAAGGCAAAUUGAAUUUAGGGACGUGGCAAGGCGUCUGGUUGUGCGAACACAGGGACCACGCGGGCUCACGUAAACUGCUCAUUACCUUGAACGGGUGUCUCCGCGACGCCACAUGUACCCCUCUGUCACCCGUCAGCCCAAUGGCCAGCACGAGCAGUUAGGGAAAACACUCGGGUCAUUCAUUGUCAAAACAUUGAAUGACUCGAGUGCCUCAAAACUCAACUAUUUUACCAACAAAUAGAAAUGAAAAAUCACCAAAAAAUACAUACAAAUACUAAACUUCAAGCUACGAGCUAGUGUCACGCACAGACUUAAAAAAUAUUUAAAUUAAACGACAAUAUGUACAUAGUUGUACAUUGUAUAAUACGGUAUGUCCUUUGAUAGGCGGUUGCGUUAUUGUUUUAGGUGCUGUGCGUUUAGUUUUUUUUUUUUUUUGUAAAUUUUUAAGAGUUGAUUUGUGCAAACCGAUUUGGGAGUGUCGUUGGUGAGUCUCCAUUGUUCCUUCUGUUUUUAUUGUAAUAAGAAAAAAACGAGUUUGUUGACCGUUAAAGAGGCGACGAUUCGUACCGGAAGCGCCGCAAAAUGGACGCAACACACGGCAGAAACAACCCCCGCCUUAAGCCCUCAAACGAAACUACCACCACAACCCUUUGUACCGUUCUGUGACAAUAAAAAAAACCGUCGUCUGUUUCCGGUACGAAUCGACAUCGUUUCUUUUAAGUGUACAUAAAAUAACAUUACGGGUUGUAAAUAAUGUGUGUUGUUACGGACUGAUGCUGUCUGUCUUCCUCCCUUUAGCAAUAUCCAUUUAGUCUUCUCCCUCGUCCCUAUCCCCUCCACAUUUUCUUAUUUUUUUUCUUGAGUUUGUUACUUUACAAUCGGCAUACAACGACAAAUUUUCGGUUUUGUGUUCGCUACUGUGACAAACAGGGUACGUAAAUUGAUAGUUCCGUGCGACAAGCGCGCCCUCUGGAUGGUCGUCCGUUCACUUUUAAUGUGGCACGUUGUUAUUUACACGAUUUUUUCUCGGCUGAGGCGAAAUUCAACAAAUCGUGGCUUACAUUCAAUCACAUUCCUUUAGAUAUUAAGUGCAUCCUAUGACAGCAUUUGUUUUGUUGGUUAGAUAUUUUAUUUUUAUACGUCGGACUGCUUACACGCGAAACGUGGACGGAAAUACACGUUAAAAUUAUUUUUUCUACACAAAAUAGCUAUUUUACGUCUCUAAAAUGAUUUUUUUGCUCGGCUUCGCCUCGUCCCGAAGCACAAAUAACUAAUCGGUUUUUGAUUAAUUAAUCAGUUAUUUUGAUCAAGUUGAAAAAAAUAUAUCGACCGGGUGGGUCAAGUUUUGUUCCCAUGCCCCAAAACAUCUCUUUCUAAUUUUCUAAAAUUUUUGAUCAGUUUAUACGAAAAACAGCAAUACGAUUUUUUGAUAAAAUCGUUUUUUUUACGAGUUUAUCGGAUAAAUGAUUGAAUUAAACCUUGUUUUAUUUCAUAAUUUUAGUUUAAUUAUGAAGAGAAGGUGCAGAUAAAACUUAACUCACCUGGUAUAUUAUACAGGGUGUGUUAGAACUCGCGCCUCAGAUAAAAAAUUCAAGUAAGAUAAGAUAUCAGGAACAUGGAAAAAAUGUUUAAAAAA